UAGUAGCUGUAUUUCCUGCUUUGGUGUUUCAACUCGAAGCGAUGGCAGGAGUGAAAUCUUCCUUGGUUUGUGGGGUUAUAGCUGUUUUCUUAAGCUCCACGGCGUUUGCUUUUGUUGAAGAUCUAGAUGAAACGUUUAAAGAUACCAGAUUGAAUGAGAUCUGGCUGGUUGAUUUCUAYGCUCCUUGGUGUGGUUACUGUAAAAAACUAGAGCCAAUAUGGCAKGAAGUGGGAGCAGAGCUGAGAAGCUCGGGGUCGCCAGUGCGCGUUGGAAAGAUGGAUGCCACUGCUUAUUCAGGAAUGGCAUCAGAGUUUGGCGUUCGUGGUUACCCGACAAUAAAAUUAUUAAAGGGUGAUCUUGCCUACAGCUACAAGGGACCGAGAACAAAGGAUGAUAUUGUAGAGUUUGCCAACAGAGUGGCAGGACCCGCCGUUCGAGCACUUCCCAGCAAGCAGAUGUUUGAACACAUGAUGAAACGGCAUGAAGUUCUUUUUGUGUACGUCGGUGGGGAGUCUCCGCUCAAAGAGAAGUACAGCGAUGUAGCAUCUGAGCUCAUUGUCUAUACUUACUUCUUCUCAGCCUCAGAGGAAUCCUUACCAGAGUCAGUGUCUUUGUCAGAGCUUCCUGCAGUGGUUGUCUUCAAGGAUGGAGGUCAUUUUACCUAUGAUGAGUACGAGGAUGGUAUCUUGUCAUSGUGGGUGAACAAAGAGCGCUUUCAAGGAUACCUUCCGAUCGAUGGCUUUACGUUGUACGAGCUCGGUGAAACAGGCAAACUGGUGGCGAUCGCGAUCAUCGAUGAGAAGGACCCCACAGAGCAGAGCAGCAGAUUAAAGACCUUGAUGCAGAGGGUGGCGAAGGAAUACAGAGAACAUUUUAACAGGGACUUCCAGUUUGGCCACAUAGAUGGGAACGACUACAUUAACAGCCUCAUUAUGGGCGAGGUGGCCGUGCCCUCCGUAAUCAUCCUCAACACAUCCAACGAGCAGUACUUCCUGCCCAGUGAGCCGAUUGAGACCAUGGAGCAGCUGGUUCAAUUCAUCAACAGUGUUUUGAACGGUUCUGCACAGGCAUAUGGAGGUGAUGGCUUCAUUCAGAGGAUAAAACGUGUGGUCUUUGAUGCCAGGUCCACCAUUAUGUCUGUGUUUCGUAGCUCUCCGCUGCUGGGCUGCUUCCUUUUCGGCCUCCCGCUCGGCGUGAUUAGCCUGAUGUGCUACGGCAUCUGCACGGCUGAGACCGAUGACGGUUUGGAGGACGCAGACACGCUGAAAAGGGAGGGGCUGACCGACGAGGAGGAGGAGGAAGAGGAGGAGGAGCGGCAACGCACCGCUGAGCUGGAAGGUCCUGAAGAGGAUGAGGAUGUUGGUGAAAAGGAUCCUGAGGAGAAGAAAACUGAUUAACACAGGGGCGCACAUCAGAUAGAGGAUGAUUGACCCAGUCAGACGUGGUGACCUGAAACUCAAAGACGGAUCUAUGUGAUACCGUUCUUUGUUUUUCAUCUCACUUUCUCCUCAAAGCCCCUCUAGCACAGACUGUUCUUCUUCUCAAGUUCUAUGUAUUGAUAUAUGAGGCUGACUGCUUGGCAAAGCCUCUGAAUUAAAAAUAACAGUCUUUUCAAUUAUGGAGUGUAUACAAUAAACAGGAAAACAAGGGAUGGCAGUGAACAUACCAUCUAAUUUAUUGAUAUUCACCCAUGUGAUAUGCUACACUCGCUUUGAAGUUUUGUCAUUAUUUAGAAAACCCUUAGAUUAUUGCAGUUUUUUUGUCGUAUCCCAAAGUUUUUCUUUUUUCUUUUUGAUUUCUGAUCUAGUAGAAAUGGAUGAAUCUUGCCUUUAAAAUCCAAUGGAGAUGGACUUCAUUGUUUUGUUUACUUUCACCAUAUCUUUUGACCUAAGCUGUACCUGGUGUUUUACUGAACUGAGUAGAGUGCAAAAGAAGUGCCCAUGGAGGAUCUGCCAUAAAUCAAAAUGUGCUUUCUCUAUCGUACAUUGUUGCCUGAAAACCUUUCUUCGUCUUGUUCCUCGAGGGUUGCAAAGUGCCGAGACAGUCGUGAAUUUUAACCUGCUUUUCUGUCAGCCACCUGUCAAUUUGUGUUGAAGGAUGAUGAAAAAAUAUCUGGAUUUGUAAUUUCCAUCACUGUUCGUGAUACCAAAAUAGGUAAGUUGUUUAUUUAUUUAUUUUUCUUUCCCCAUUUCCACUAGAAAAUGACCAGUCUGCUGAAAAUUCCUUGUACCUGUCAAGCAAAAGCCAUAACAUGCAUCAACGGCUCCUGUGGCUUCGAACAGCUUUUUAUUCCUCAAAUAGACAGCAGCUGUCUGUUUGCAUGUUUCAUUUUGUCCUCCAUCACUGGUUGCUUUAUAGAAUUUGUCUUGGCAGGUUGAAGUGUACAUCCCAGUGUAGUGAAAUGUACACAAAAAGAAAAUGAUAUAAGAACUUUUUUUUACACUCUUAUGUUGUCAGUUUGUCUCAAGGCUAUUUAAAUCCCACUUUCUUCUCUUUCACUAAAGCUAUGUAUUAGCUCAAAUCCAUAGAGAAUUGUGGAUUCUUCUUUAAUCCACAGAGAUAUUUUUAAGUAUAAUGAUGUUUUUUUUACGGAUAAUCCACAUAAAUCUAGAUUAGGUGAAACUGAGACCGUUGAAGCAUCUUUCAGGCUUACUAACCCAAGUAAUAGAGAUAGGCUCUUAAUCAUUUCUUUAAAAAAGCAGAAUAUGCUUUUUGUUCAACUUUAAAUAUUUAAAAUAACAUACAUAUUUCCUUUCUUAUUCAUGAAUAGUUAAGAACGCUCAUUUGAUUACAAUUUUUAACUCCUACCAAAAUGGAAACCAGUUUAAAAUCUAUAAAAAGGCCACACCAAGUCUUUCAGAUGAUAAAAUCCAAGUUAAUUUAAUAAACAUAAAGAGGUGAUAUUUUAUCUUCAAAAUCCUCCUCAUAAACAUGUUUUUACCAUAUGGGGUUCAUCUAAUUUCCACUGUGAAAUCAUGCUUCCCUUGCCUUCUGCUCUUUGUAGUUGCCUACAGUUUUCUUCUAAAUGUUUUUUUUUUAUAUUUUUUUAGGUUUGAAUUAAGAUUGUCUUGUUUUAUUACAGGUUUGAAAGAUUAAAAUAAAAAAAAUGUUCCCCAACACCCA